AUGUCUGUUACAGGCUUUACAAUAAUUGAUGAGGAAAUACCCUUAAAUCACAGCACUGAGAAAGAGAAAACUGUAAGACAUAUUGGUUAUUUCUCUUCAUUUCCCAUUCAGGUGGGAAUCUGCUUGGUUCUGGUGGAGCUAUGUGAGAGGUUCACUUUCUUUGAAGUCAUCUGCAACAUGAUGCCCGUUUGCACUGUCAAUCUGGGCUAUCACAACUACCAGGCAGCCAUUCUGAACCUGUGUUUUAUUGGGACGUCGAUACGUAGUCCUGCGUUUGCUGGAUGGCUCAGAGUCUGUCUAGGAAGAAACAAACUAGUGUAUAUUUGCUUAUUUCUACAUUUUCUAGGCACCAUUUUGUUAUCUGUGGCUGCUUUUCCCUUGGAAGAUUUCUAUGUAGGCACUUACCAUGUGAUGAACAGCACACCUCCAAAGGAGCGGGACAGGCUGUUCUAGGUAGCGCUGUUGACCAUCCGCCUUGGCACAGAAGGAAUAAGAACAGUCAAUUGUCCACUGGGUGCUUACGGCCUUCAGGAAUAUGGAUCAAAGAAACAAACAUCUUUUUUUAACUAGUUUUACUGGCUCAUGAAUCUAAAUGCAACUGUUGUCUUUCUGGGAAUAUCUUACAUCCAGCACUCAGGGGCCUGCCUUGUUUUACUUAUUCCUUUUAUGUCUGCGCUAGUGGCUCUGGUAACUCUUCACAUGAUGCGCUAUAACCUGAUCUAUCAGCCACAAAAAUGCUGCUCCCUCCUGAUUACUUUUGGGGUGCUUGUCAAUGCCCUGAAAACAUGCCACCUGAAACAUUGCCAUCUUGGCAGAGAUGUGGCAAGCUGGUUAGACCACACCAAGGGAAAAAAUGGUGGCUGCUGAACAGAGAUCCACGUGGAAGACACAGAAUUUUUUCCCUUUUUCCCUCUCUUCAUCUUUCAGCUCCUAUACAGAAUGUGUAUGAUGCAGAUUUCUUCAGGAUAUUAUCUGCAGACCAUGAAUUCCAGCCUGAAUUCGGAUGGAUCUCUUCUGCCAACCUCAGUCAUGAAUGCCAUCAGUGUCCUAUCACUGUCAAUCCUCACUACUUUUAUGGAAUAUUUCAGCACCUGCCUCUUUCCCUCUAAAAGAGCUGGACCAUUUCUGUCAACUGCAUUAGUAAUUGCUGGAAAUCUUUCUGCUGCAUUGUCUGUGAUGGUAGCUGUCUUCUCUGAAAUACAUAGAAAACAUUUCCCUCCAGCAGAGCAGCCUCUUUCUGGCAGAAUUCUCACUGUUUCCUCCAUGCUUUGCUUCCACCUGGUUCUUCAGUACAUUCUACUUGGAGUGGCUGGAACACUGGUAAACCCAGCCUUCUCUGUAAUAUCAUACAGAUUUGUUGCAAGCACCAUUAGAGAAACCUCUAUGAGUUUUUUGACACUGUUCAAUGGAUUUGGGUGUUUCACAGGGGCACUGUUGGUGGAGUUGGUAUAUCUCACCUCAAAAG